UAUUUCCGCUUCCUUUCGGCCAUCACGCUUCUGUCAUUGCAGCGGCUUGAUCUGAAUAAACAGGAGGUGAACAAUGGCUGGACGACGUGCAGCAGUAAAGGCCAUUGAUUGGAUGGCCUUUGCAGAACGGGUACCACCCAAUCAGAGGGCCAUAUUCAACAACCUAAAGACACGCAGCGACGCCAUCUCUGCAAAACUCGCCUCAUUGCCAGAGAAGCCAUCUGCUAUUGACUGGAGCUACUACAGGACUGCAGUGGCUAAACCUGGUAUGGUUGACGAGUUUGAGAAAAAGUUUGCUGCCCUGACGGUGCCUGAGCCCGCGGACACUGAGACCGCGAAGAUCGACGCCCAGGAAGCGGAAGCCAACAAAAGUGCAGCAGCUUACAUAGAGGCAUCCAAAGCUCGCAUUGCUCAGUAUGAGAAGGAGCUUGAGAAAUUCCGGAACAUGGUUCCCUUCGAGCAGAUGACCAUCGAGGAUCUGAACGAAGCGUUCCCAGAGACAAAGCUCGACAAGGAGAAGCAUCCCUACUGGCCACACAAGCCUAUAGCAGAUCUGUAAAUUGUACCCCACACCCACCGAUUCCUUUCCAAAUAAUAAAACUUUAUGAUUGAGAAAUGUAGAAGUCCCAUCUGCUGUCUCUACUGUUUCAUCUGAGAGCAAGUUUAUGACAUUGUUCUGUGUAAAUGACUGUUUGUUGAGUAAAAAUAUAAAAUUUAGAAUG